ACAUGUGAAUGGUGAUAUAUUUUAUUCAAUAUCCACUUGUCUGGUACAGGAAGGAUAGCUUUGUCACACACAGAGCCUUCUGUGAUGCAUUAACAGAGGAAAAUUACAAGCUGAACCAUAACCUUGCCGCCAGUGGGGGGAUUUUGCAAAGCCAAGCGCAAGAGCUGUUCACUUCAUCAAUGCCCAGUUCUGAUUCAUGCUCCAAUGCCAACACAAUGAUGAAUCUGUCGGUUUCUAAUGAGAAGAUGGACAAUUCACCGAGGCCAUUAUCUCUGAACCCAGCUGGAGUCAUGAUAUCCAGCAAUUUAGAUCCAAUUUUCAAUCCAAGAACAUCAUUGGCAUCUCCUCUAGCAAUUGGGUCCGCUUAUACAUCUGCCACAGCCUUGUUGCAGAAAGCUGCAGAAAUGGGUGCUAAGAUCAGUGAUAAUACAAUCGCCCCAAUACUCCUGAGAGGUUUUACCGGAUAUUCUACUGGCAGCAUGAACUCAGCUGGCUCUGCCCAGGAAGGUUCUUCCAUGGUAGGUAGUAACAUAGCAACAAAUGCGGCGAGCACCAAUGGUUUGUUCGUGGGAGACGAAACAUAUGACAAAAACUUGGAGGCAGGGGAUUUAAGAUGUCACCAUACUGUUGCUCCAACUGCAUUGUUCGAAUCUCAUUCUAUGGACUCAGAGAAUGGGAGCGCUGCAAAUCUGUUGGGAGAAGCGUACAUGAGAGGAGGUGAAAAAAUGACAGUAGAUUUCUUAGGUGUGGAGCCUGCAGGGCAUCAGAGCAUCGCCAAGAAAAGAAGCUAUGACGGUAACAUAAUGAACUUGGAGUACUCCAAUGCGCAGCAAAGCCCGAACAAUUUGCGUUCAAACUGGUGAACUACUGAACUAAUUCUAGUCUGAAGGUUAUUAGUGACGUUGUAAUAAUUACACCGCCUUUGCCAGAAAGAGCGAACUGUUCCCCUUUCAUUUUUGUUUAACAUAACCGGAAAGAAGCAACCAUGCUAAUCAGAUUUAGCAGUCGAGUGCAAUGAUGUAACUUGCAUUGUUGCUGCUAAUUUCUUUAUAACCGAUUAUCAUUUUCAGUGCAAUUCCUCCAUAAUCACAUGAUUUACAACUUUAUCAAUAAAAAUGAUGUUGGAAUUCACUAUUUUGUUUAAACAACUUGUUCCUAUUCGCAUCCUGAUCGACAGCACCUCCUAAUUCCUCACUGUAAACAAGAAUUUCUUAAGUAAAAAGUGACAAUUACAUAGGGCAACAGUAUCAAAAGUAAAAACCACCAUCCUUUGCAAACUACUUGUCAAAGAUAAACAACCAACAAGAAAAGAAUGGACCUGGAAGACUUAAUUCAAGUCAGUCACCCUUGCCAUGAUCCAUGACCAUUUCACUCCGAAAAGAAAUCCUUUCUAUAAACUCAUUUUCAGGAAACUCUGGAAACAAUUACUGAUAUCACCGACAUGAGACUUAAAGCAAGUUUCUGCGAAGGUGGGCUCAGGCCUAAAAAGUACAAGAAAAGUACGGAAACUAGCACAAUGUUCCAAGACCCUGCAGAAACAUGCCCCAAGGUCUAUCUACAAAUU